UCAGCGAUCCAACGGCUAAUCCCAGCCUUUUGACCUUAUCUAUCUCUUUCUCUCUCUCUCUCAUCAUUUAUACACGGUCUCCAAGCGGUUCAAUGCCCUGCCAGAACUUUGCCACGUGGAGCCACAUCACUGGCCCCUACGUUUGACGGAGAUGAAGAGCAGAGAGAGCCAAUGCCUUGUAGCCUUAUGAGGAAGGGCAUCAUCAGUUUGACUCGAAUAAUCGUUUGCCCUUUUUCUCUGUUUUCCUCUGCUUUUUUCUUUCUUUUGUUUUUGCUUUUCUCGUCAUCAUACCAAAUCUCUAUAUUUACAUUUCAUUCCGUUGAGCUUUCAAGUUUUGAAACUACUUGUCUUUCUUCAAUUCACAACCAAUUUCAUGCCGUGUUGACGAGAAAUGGCUGUGGAGCUCAUGAUGGGAUUUAUUGACAGUUUUGCAGCGCAAAUGGAAGAGAAUGCUGUGAAGGAAGCGGCCUCAGCUGGAAUUCAAAGCGUCGAGAAGUUCAUAAGCUUGAUUUCGCAACACCACCACCAAUUCCAAGACUCUUGUUUUUCUUCCUCAUCGAACCCUGAAGCUGCUACAGAGUACAAAGCUGUUGCAGACAUGGCCGUGACCAAGUUCAGGAAGGUCAUUUCAUUACUGGACAAUGGAAGAACCGGCCACGCUCGGUUCAGAAGAGCUCCUGUCACUCCAUCUCCGCCUCCACCGCCACCGCCGCUUCAGGAAACAGAGACCCAAAUCCCAAGGCCUUCAAUUCAAGAACCCCAUAACCCAAAAACAGAUCAACCCCCUGGUUUCAAAACAGAGCAAUCCUCUGCUUUCAAGGUUUACUGCCCCACACCGAGUGUGCGUUUACCGCCUCUGCCUCACAAUCCCCAUCUGAAAACCACGCCUGUUGUGUUGACAAAGAGUGUUUUGUGCGCGGAGAGAAGGCUGGAUGCUCCUACCACCAUCAAUUUCUCACCCUCACCUUCGAUUUCCGCUGCCAAUUCAUUUAUGUCUUCUUUAACCACUGGAGAGGCUGAGGGUUCUGUGCAGCAUUCAAUGUCUUCUGGGUUUCAGUUCACAAACAUGUCACAGUCGUCCUCGGGCAAGCCGCCUCUUUCUUCUUCUUCGUUGAAGAGGAAGUGCAAUUCCAUGGACGAUGUUGCAGCUCUCAGGUGCGGCUCAUCUUCUGGGCGAUGCCACUGUUCCAAGAAAAGGAAAUCAAAAGUGAAAAGAGUGGUCAGAGUCCCUGCAAUUAGUAUGAAAAUGGCUGAUAUUCCACCGGAUGAUUAUUCAUGGAGAAAGUACGGUCAAAAACCCAUCAAGGGUUCCCCUCAUCCAAGAGGAUAUUACAAGUGUAGUAGCCAGAGAGGCUGUCUUGCACGCAAGCACGUGGAGCGGGCUCUAGACGAUCCAACCAUGCUGAUUGUGACCUACGAAGGUGAUCACAAUCACUCCCACAGUGUCACGGAUCCAACGCCUGCUCUCGUCCUCGAAUCAUCUUAAGUCAACUCAUCCAACGCCUCAAAAUGUUCCUUUUGUAUUAAAUAUUGCAAGAAGCAAAGAAAUUAUAUGUUUGGUUUGGGCCAUACAAUAGUCAACGAUCAUUUGCUUUGCACCGUCUCCAAGAGGAUUAGUGGGUACGCCUAAGCUGCCUAUACAAAACUAGAUUCGUCUUUUUUAUUUUAUUAUUAUUUGGAUUUAUUCUUUUGCUCAUUUAGAACCUUAUAUAUUAGAAAUUUUAAAAAGAAAAAGAAAAAAAGAAGAAGAUAUAGGGAUAGGCUUAGAGAUGUUGGAUUUGGUGGGAAGUCAAUCAUGCUUACUAGUGGGUUUUAUUUUUAUAUUUAAUGAUGUGCCUAUAUACUCAUUAGAAAUGUUUAAUAUGUAUGAUGGUGGAUUUUGCCGAGGAUGCCCACUUUUA